UCUUGAAUUCUGACGGGAAUGAACCUGCGGCGGGAUUCACUUUUCGUCACAAAGAAAACGCGAAAAUUUUUCCGCGUUUUUCAAGUCUGCCAAAAAUUCACGAAAAUUAUAUGGAAAAACUUCUGUUAAAUUGAAUUGUGUGUGGUAACAUUACUGAGCGAAUCAUGAUGGCCAAGGCCAAGCUUACGCUGGACUGGAAGAAGCGCGUCAAGUCCGAGUAUAUGAAAAUCCGUGCCAGCAAAAGACACAAACGGGCGGAUGAAGUCAAGACGGCUUGGAAUCGUAACCGCCAGAAACUUCUAGAUUUGCUGGUCAAGGAAAACGACACUUGGCUAUCGACGAAUGCGACUUGGGUGCAAAACGAGACUGAACUUCCCCAUGUGGAAUGUAUGAAAAAGGCUGAAAUCGUCAACAACGAAGGUACUCAUCAGACUGUUCCGAUACGGGUGAUCACGGCCGUAACUCCGAUACCGACCAUGUAUACGUGGGCUCCGACGCAGCAGAAUUUCAUGGUAGAGGAUGAGACCGUUCUGCAUAACAUCCCGUAUAUGGGUGACGAGGUGCUGGAUCAGGAUGGUUCGUUCAUAGAAGAACUGAUUAAAAAUUACGAUGGCAAAGUGCAUGGCGAUAAGGAGGGUAGUUUCAUAGAUGAUUCGAUUUUUGUUGAACUGGUUCACGCCUUGAUGCAGUACACCGGAAGGGACGUGGACUCCAGUAGCAACGAUAGUACUAAGGUUUCUGUUACUAGAAAGACUGCCGUUGAUGAGACUGUUAAGGAUUCCCAGCCCUCGACAUCCAAGGGCAAGGGUAAAAUUGAUAGCAAAGAUGAUAAUGCUAACGAUUCUACCAAGGAGGACGCUCAGCCCAAGCUCAAGCUCGAACCGUUUGUAGUGGUUAAGAAGGAGGUGAUUGACGAGAAACCAUUUCCUCCGCCGAUAAUUUUCCAAGCCGUAAGCUCCCAGUUUCCGGAUCACGGUACACCGGAGGAACUGCGCGAGAAGUAUAUCGAGCUGACGGAGCGGGUCGAUCCGGAACGGCCCCCGGAGUGUACGCCCAAUAUCGACGGGCAUAGGGCUGAAUCCGUGUCGAGAGAGCAGACUCUACAUUCGUACCACACGCUGUUCUGUCGACGGUGUUUCAAAUACGAUUGCUUUUUGCACCGUCUUCAAGCAUGUCAUCCGGGACCAAAUCUGCAGAAAAGACGUUGGCCAGAGCUGAAGCAGUCGACAAAACCGUGCAGUGCCGCGUGCUACAUGUUGCUGGACGGUAUGAAAGAACGCCUUGCUGUAGACAACAAGAACAAAACUCCAAUGGACUCGGGCAACGAGGCCAGCUCCGAGGAUAGCAACGACAGCAGCCGGUACAGCAAGGAAGCCCCGUUUGGCUCCAAAGAAUUCUCCACAACCAGUGGCCAACGCGCCAGCGGUAACGGUUCGGUAAACAAUUCCGCCACCCUGCUGAAUCUCCUGCAAACCGCCGACGAAGAGUGGAACGGUUCGGACAAGUCCUUUUUCCGCACGUUGCACAAGGUCUACCUGCAUAACUAUUGCGCCAUUGCGGAAGCAAUGCUGAUGAAGACUUGCCAGCAGGUAUAUAUGUUCGCCCAGAAAGAAGCGGCCGACAUUCCGCUAAUCGAGGCUAACAAGGACAACACUCCACCACGUAAGAAGAAGAAGAAGCAUCGCCUAUGGUCUAUGCACUGCCGCAAAAUCCAACUCAAGAAGGACUCAAGCUCGAACCAUGUGUUCAAUUUUACACCGUGCGAUCAUCCCGGUCAGUGCGACACCAAUUGCCCAUGCAUCGGGGCACAGAACUUCUGCGAGAAGUUCUGCAAUUGUAGUAGCGAUUGCCAGAAUCGGUUCCCUGGUUGCCGCUGCAAGGCGCAGUGCAACACCAAGCAAUGCCCGUGCUAUUUGGCCGUCCGCGAGUGCGAUCCGGAUCUGUGCCAGACGUGCGGUGCCGAACAUUACGAAAUCUCCAAGAUCACCUGCAAAAAUGUCAGCGUCCAGCGCGCAUUACAUAAACAUCUUUUGAUGGCACCAUCGGACGUGGCCGGCUGGGGAAUAUUCCUGAAGGAGAGCGCCCAAAAGAACGAAUUCAUCUCAGAAUACUGCGGAGAGAUCAUCUCGCAGGACGAGGCUGAUCGGCGGGGCAAGGUGUACGAUAAGUACAUGUGCAGUUUUUUGUUUAACUUGAACAAUGAUUUCGUAGUGGACGCCACCCGCAAGGGCAACAAGAUUCGCUUCGCCAACCAUUCCAUCAACCCGAACUGCUACGCCAAGGUCAUGAUGGUGAACGGCGAUCAUCGAAUUGGUAUAUUCGCGAAGCGAGCCAUCCAGCCGGGUGAGGAGCUGUUCUUCGACUACAGAUACGGACCCACCGAACAACUGAAGUUUGUUGGCAUUGAGCGAGAGAUGGAAUUUCUCUGAAUGAGAAUAGAAAACUGAUUUACGAUUAAAAGAUACAUUUUUUAAACUUUUUCGACACAAUAAAUAGAUGCAAACCUAAA